AUGGCUGCUGUUCAGCUCAAGUUUAACCUCCGCACUUCGCCUAACGUCAAGACCGUGCACUUGGUCGGUUCGUGGGACCACUACGAUCGCCAGAUCCCUCUCUCCAAGGAUUCGUCCAAGCCCGGUGCGUGGGUAGGCAAGUUCCGAUUCCAGACGUCGAUGCUUAAGUUGGGUGGGAGAUACUGGUACUACUACAUCAUGGACGGCUAUCACGUCUCCCACGACCCUGCCGCCGAAUACACCGUCGAACCCACCACCGGCCGCAAACUUAACAUCCUCGACGUCCCCUCCGGCAAGGCCACCUCCUCAGCUCCCAAGACCCGCCGGGAAUCUGACGACAUCGCCAAGGGCCGUGCCCUCUCGCCCUCCCGCAUCCACCACCCAAAGCCCUCCAAGCCCUACGCCUCUCGCCAGCUCCGCGAAGCAGACUUUGCGCCAACCAUGGAUGACCUCACCCGCCGCUUCGCGGGCUCCCGCAUGUCCGACGAGUACUCCCCGUACUCCUCCUACUCGUCGCACUCCUUCUCCAACAGCCCGCCCAGUUCGGCUGGUUCGUCGCUGUCCUCCCGUUCUUCCCGCUCGUCUGGUAGCACCUCUCCAUCUUCGCUGUCGUCUAUGAGUGACCCGCCAACGCCUACCUGCCACUGCGAGCGUUACGGAAUCACUCGUAAGGGAGACCGGGUCAAGCUUGACUGCGGGGGAAGCCGGUGCGGAUACGUGACGGAGUCGAGCGAGGCUAGUUGCUCCGAGUCAGAUAGCGAUGAGGAGUACCGGCAGGCAAAGGCUGCUGUGCGCCGUCAGGGAAUUGUCGUGAGGAGGUAA